CUAACACACAUAAUUCAUUCUCAGAAGACAACAAACCUAAAAAUACCCGAACCACUUGUAUUGAAAGUCGAGAACUUUAACAAUAAAAAAAUGAAAAAAAAAGCAUCAUCUCAUCCAAAUUCUCAUCGAUCAAUCAUUCAUUUCAUUUCCUCUCUGACCCAACCAAAACCCGAAAAUCUGUCAUGCUCGUAGCCGUCCUUUUAUCCCAUUUAAAGUAAUCAGCUUAUUCAUACUACCAGUUCAAGAAAGUUUUCUUUUUGUUAACUGAAAAGAAUUGAUUUUGAUGAGCUUGGAGAAAAAGAAAAAAGAAGGUGUAGUAUUAAAGAGAGAGACGAAGAUCAUACGUUUUGGUUUUUUUCUUUGGUAGUAGAUUCUUUUUCUUCCUCUCUUAUAAAUUAUAUAUACAUAUUAAUAUUGUCCACUGCUGAAGACUCGUCAUAAACAACCUUGUGGUUUUCGCUAACUUCUCUUCUUUGUCCAUAAGAGUUUCCUUCCUUCCUUCCCUUGUUUUGUCAUCUCUCUACUUAGUUUCAGCUUAUUGUAAGGAACAAAGACCUGUUCUUUAUUUAAUCCAGCUUCUGGGGUUCCCAUUUUUGAGCUCAAAUUUGAUUAAAGACCGUUUCUUGAUUGGAAGGAGUAGCCCUUUUAACCCCUUUUAAGGUUCCUGCCUUUUGGGUUUGUUUUGGUGGAAAAAGUUCCCUUUCUUGAGCUUAAAUUCAAUCAACAUACUGUUAUUUGAUUGGAGUAAGAGGGGCCCUAUUUAACAGAGUGGGGAUGGAGAUGAUGUAUUAUCAGCUGGGAAGGGCUUCAUAUCAGGACUCUCUGAAAGUUCUGGAAGCUGAUAUCCAGCAUGCUAAUGCUCUGUAAGUUUUUCUUUCCCACCUUCAUCCAGUUUCUUUUUUUUUUUGUGGGUUUUUUUCCUACUGAUUCUUUCUAAUUUGUUGUUGUUUUCUAUGAUUUUUUUUAGGAGUUAGUUUGAUGUGUACUUUGUAUUGCUUUCCUUUGAAGCUUUUAUCUUCUUAGAUUAUUAGCUUUUUUCUCCCCCUUACAAUUCAUCUAGUGGAGGAUUGCUUUUGAGGGACAAGUUGAUGUCUUUUUUUUUUUUUUGGUUGGGGGACCUUGUGGUGCUGCUUUCUCUUUGAUGGAUUCUCCACCUUGUUUAAUAUGUCUUCUCAUUUUUGCAAACUUCGUUGACUUCGUAAAUAGGUUUUAGCCCAUACAGGGGUGUGGUGUGGUAGGCUGAUACUAUUGACCAGGGAAAUAUAAUUUUCAUGCCUUUUAUUUUGAAUUAGUAGUAAAAAGGAUUGCUGAGGUUGUUUGUUCUAUCUUAGGUCUUCUAAACUUUUUCGGCUUUUAUCGUCUGCCUGAAUGUGGAUGUUUAUGGUACAAGCUACAGCUUGCAAAGUUAACGACUCUUUUCUGUUCCUGGGAAUGUAUGAAACUUGAGAUCCUUUAGAGCUUUAUGUAGCAUUGAUAGGAUCACUUAGGUGUAUAAAUCCACUACAUUUAGAGAUAAGUAAAAAUAUUAUGUUAUUUGCUACUCUUGUUGGGCCAUUGUCUAUGGCAGUUCAAAUUUGUUUGACAUGUUGUUUUUGGGAUGUCCGGAUUAGGGCUGCUGAAAUUCCUCGAGGGAAACGGGGGGCACGCCUUCAAAUGAAGUUGGUGUACAAUCAGUUGGCUCCUCUCUUUCUGUUCUUACUCCAAUGGAUGGACUGUUCUUGCACAUGCUUGCUCCCGAGAUAUUUGAACCUUUUCCAUGUACUCAUAUACAAGGUUUAUGCAGAUGGGAGACAAAGAAUAUCUAGACAUGGAAGGAAAGCAAGUAUUAGUGAAUUUUAUGCCAUCAUCUUGCCGUCGCUGCAGCGGCUUCAUGAGGACCUUAUAGAGUCAGAAACCAAUAUCAUUCACAAGAACAGACUGGAAGGAGGGGCACACGCAUUCACAAGUUGUGAUCCUGAGAGAGAAGAUGAAUGUGGGAUCUGUUUAGAGCCCUGCACCAAAAUUGUUUUGCCCAAUUGCUGCCAUGCUAUGUGUAUUAAUUGCUACCGUGACUGGUAAUUAACUGAAGCUGUAUCCUUGAUUUUGAUUUUUCUUGUGUUCCCUUUUUGUUAUCCCUGUAUGCGUAUGGUAAACCAUCCUCAAAAAAAUUCGAAUUGGUGUUAAACACCAAAUGGUGAGAUUUGAUCCUCAUUUCUGAUCUUACAUAGGGUAGUAGAUGUGUAGGUUUCUAUUGUUGUAUGCUAGGGACAUACAGAUAUGAAAGCACUUCCUUUGAUGAACACGGUGGCUCAUAAUCACCAUAGUUGACUCCUACAUUGUUGGAUAAAUAGGUUGUUCUUUCUUGUCGCAUGCCAGGGAAAAAAAGAGUUGACAGUGUUUGAAAACAUGGUGGCAAGAUAUGAUAUGCUUAUGUGACCCCAAAUAGUGGGAGAGGAACAAAUGUUUUUUACUGUUGUAUGCCAGGUCAUCUAGUUACUGAUGUCUGCAACUCUCUUGGUUUGCAGGAAUACAAGAUCCGAGUCGUGUCCCUUUUGCCGCGGUAGCAUAAAGAGAGUGAAGUCGAGAGACUUAUGGGUUCUUACUUGUGGGGACGAUGUGGUAGACACAGAUACUGUCACCAAAGAAGACUUGUCGCGGUUCUAUCUGUACAUUAACAACCUUCCGAAGGACUCCCCUGAUGCACUAUUCAUGAUGUACUAUGAAUACCUAAUAUGACCCGACGCACAACAGAAAGACGAGAUGUAGAGAAAGAGAAGGGAGAGAGAUCAAAGGGCUGUAUGUACAUAUAGAAGAAGGAUCAGGCCGGACCAUCAAAUGUAGAUAGAGUCUGGUAAGGGAAGCUGUCUCAGGUUGAUUUAAUCACACAUUUGAUGAAAAAGAAAUAACCCACCACUUGAUUUUAUGUUGUGGUGCAACAGUAGCAUAUACCUCAAUGCUAUAUGGAAAAAAAAAAUCAUCAUUUGUCUUCUUAAGUUCUUAUUUUUAUCUUUCAUUAUCUCAUCAACCGGCUAACAAGUCUUUGGGAAUUUGGAUGGCCAUAAUAAAGUUGCGUAUGCUGCAGCCUUCAAUUACAUACUUCAAAUGAGUCUUUUGAGAUAUUUUGAACAUUGUGAAUCAAACCACAAAGUUAGGUGGCUUCAUCAUGAAGUAUAUCAAGUGGUAACAACCUCAUCAGGUUGCUUCUCGAUGGACGCAAACAUCAUUUGCUUUCAUUUCAAUCACCUAAAGUCAACCUUCAUUAUUACUUCAAUUGUUCGGGAAAUAAUUGUUUUAGGUUAAAAAACAACGAAGCAUCUGAUGAUAACAAAUUAAUAUACUAACUGCUCAUAAAUGUAAUUUCACACUUCCAGCACAUCUUCUUAUUCUCUUUUUAGAUAUUCAAUAUCAUUGAAAUAUUAAUAAACUUGAAAACGAGGGAAAAAAAAAAACAAAACCAAAAUUG